GUUUCCCAGGAAGUGACGUCACACUCCAAACAGAACCGGCCUGACAGAGAAAUAUAGUUUGAAAUCUCAGGGACCGGAGGAGAAGACAAGAUGUUUGGAGAUUUGGAUUAUGAGUUGGAAGAGGACAAGCUAGGAAUACCGACAGUUCCUGGGACAGUGGCUCUUAAAAAGGAUGCUCAGAAUCUGAUAGGUAUCAGCAUUGGUGGAGGAGCGCAGUAUUGUCCCUGUCUUUAUAUUGUGCAGGUUUUUGAUAAUACACCAGCAGCAAUAGAUGGUACUUUGGCAGCUGGAGAUGAGAUAACCGGAGUUAAUGGUAAACCAGUUAAGGGGAAAACCAAAGUGGAGGUGGCUAAAAUGAUCCAGGUUGUUAAGGGUGAAGUCACCAUCCACUACAAUAAGUUGCAGGCUGAUCCGAAACAAGGAAAAUCACUGGACAUAGUUCUUAAGAAGGUGAAGCAUCGUCUGGUAGAAAAUAUGAGUUCAGGAACUGCAGAUGCUCUAGGCCUUAGCAGAGCGAUCUUAUGUAAUGAUGGAUUGGUGAAGAGGUUAGAGGAACUGGAGAAAACUGCAGAGCUGUAUAAAGGUUUGAUGGAGCAUACGAAAAGACUGUUAAGAGCUUUCUUUGAACUGUCACAGUCACAUCGAGCCUUUGGAGAUGUGUUUUCUGUGAUUGGUGUCCGAGAACCUCAGGCAGCUGCCAGUGAAGCCUUUGUAAAGUUUGCAGAGGCUCAUCGCAGCAUUGAGAAGUUUGGUAUUCGGCUGCUGAAGACCCUCAAACCAAUGCUUCAUGAUCUGAACACUUACCUAAAUAAAGCUAUUCCAGACACUAAGCUUACAAUCCGGAAAUACUUGGAUGUGAAAUUUGAGUAUCUGUCAUAUUGCUUGAAGGUCAAAGAGAUGGAUGAUGAGGAGUAUAGCUGUAUUGCACUGGGUGAGCCUCUGUAUCGUGUCAGCACUGGAAACUAUGAGUACCGGCUGGUGCUUCGCUGUCGACAGGAGGCCCGGGCUCGCUUUGCAAAAAUGAGGAAAGAUGUUUUAGAGAAGAUUGAGUUGCUGGAUCAAAAACACGUUCAAGAUAUCGUGUUCCAGCUUCAGAGGUUUGUGUCCGGCAUGUCCCAUUAUUAUGACGAAUGUUACGGGGUGUUAAAAGAUGCAGACGUCUUCCCGAUAGAAGUUGACCUGUCACGGACGAUGCUAACAUAUGGAGGACAGCGGGACUUGUAUAAUGAAGACGAAGAGGGCGAGGAUGAAGGAGGUGAAAGUCAGGGAACGAGUGAACAGAGCAGCAGAGGUGCCAGGCAAGAGGAGAAUGGAGACGAGAAGCUGAUUGAUGAUGAGUAGACUUGGAAAUAUCUGCCUUUUAUUAACUGUUGUUUUAAGUGCAAGAAAGAGGUCAAGAACACGAUGAAAAAAGUGCAAAGAAGAUUUUCGUUUGGUUACAAGAUCUUUAUGUUGAUCAUCUUCAUCCAGCAUAUUAUGAGCGCAGGAGUAUAUGUAAACAGUCAAACCAUUACAAAACUAAUGGGAGGGGAUUAUCAUGUUACAAAUGUGCAAUACUGAGGUGAGGUGGACUUUUAAUGGAAAUUAAAAAAGAAAACGUUGCAUUCCUUUCUGCACAAUAUGGUUACAUAGGAUUUGGAGAAAUUUGGUGUCACUCUCUGGAGGUUUUCAAAUUUACCACUGGAAGCAUUUAGUGUGAAAUUUUGUGCCGGAAGAUAGCUAGAUUUUCCCAGAGGUGUUCACUCUCAAUCACUGCCUUGCUUUUUAUUUCUUUUUAAUUCAUUUUGGCCUUGUGUCAAUAGAAGCUUAAGAGAGUAUGAGAUUACUGUGAGUUUUGACCAAAAAAAUGUAAAUGCUAUUUAUUUAAUGUUGUGGUUUACUGAUCAUUUUUCGGUAGUUAGAUGUUUAUGAUUUGGAGCUGUUUUUGUCGUAUUUAUCGUGACCUACUGUCUUGAUGAAACACUCAACUUUUUAAUACGGGGGAGAUUAAUUUUAGAAUUAGUUUUGUUUCUGACUUUGGAAAGAAUGAAUGAAAAUUAGUCGGGGUAGACAGUUUAGCCUUGUAUGUGCACAUACACAUAAAUUACUUUCUUAAGGGGAAACAGGUGAGGGAAGAGCGGUAAUUUAAUUUAUGUUUUAUCAGAAAUCUAAUCGUCAUAAGCUUUCUUUAAAAUGGUAAAGAAAAUGGAGUGGAUAGGAUUUUUAAGUGUAUGGGCUUCUUUUGACAAACACAUAUUUAAUUGUUUUCUUAAACCAAGUACUUUGUUGGUGGAUUUUAAUCAACUGCCAUUGAGGUUACUGAGCUUGGGAAAUGCUGUUUUGGAAUCUUAAACUAUUUAAGUAAUUGUAACUAAAGAAGGAACGAGGCCAAAAAUUAAAUAUAAGGCACCAACCAUUCCUAAAUUAAACUGACACUACCAAGAAAUCAUGUUAUCGUUAAACUUGAUGCUUUAUUUUUUGUUUAGAGUUUCAAAUCUAAUAAGUAUUUUGUAAUUAUUUGUAAGGGAAUAAUUUUCAUUUUAUUAAAUAUGUAUAUGCAGACAUAUUUAUAAGGAUGUUGAAUUCAUGCAAAUGGUAGAUUAUAAUUAUUGUUAUUAUAAAAUAUAUGAGCAUGAUAGUUAAAUCUCUUAUUUAUUAAUUAUAUAUUGAAAUAGUAAAUAACACUUGCCAUUUGCUCUUAUUCAGAGAUGCAGCAAAACCUUUUUAUUUGUGUGCAUUGUAUUGACCAGAUUGUGAAGCUCUUUGUUAUUUCACUGCAUUUUUCAAAAGUUUAUUUUUCUACAAAUAGUGACCAGUGUUUUUUAAAGUACAGUAGAAUAUUAAAUGUAUUAUUCAUCAAAAUAAUUAGAAAGUUAGAAAAUGGUCAACACCAUGCCUCUGGAUGGGACUGGGACUUGUGUAGAGAAUAUUUCUUUGUGAACACCGAAUCAGCUUUACACUUUCGCAGAAGCCUUCCAUUGUUUUAACCAAAGUGGCCUUGGAGCAGGCGAAUGUUGAAUUCAUUCAUUUAUUAUAAAGUGUUUUGAGAGUUAAGUUUUUACAUCAGAAAAUAGGAAGUGUGAAUGUUUUCAGCUCAGAAAAGAUACACGGUUGUGUCUUGUUCCAGAGAAUUUCUGGAUUGCUGAUGCUACUAUUACUUACGUAAAAAACAAGUUUAUGUAAAAGUAAUUGUUUUUAAUUUCUUUGAGUUGCCUUUUGUAAAUAGUAUUGAUUGUUUAAGGAAGGAAGGAAGGUAUUUGAGACACAGAAAGAUGCCUGACCUAUGGGGUAAGCAUUUGUUUUUGUUCUUUUUCAUUUUUUAAAAAAAGUAGGCCAAUGUUCGGAAUGUGUAAAACAGAAAAAUGGAGUUCAGAAAAGCAAUUCUAAAUUAGGGACUGAACUGUAUUAUCAUCUUAUACCAAUCAUUGUUAUUUUUUGACAUUUAGUACUAAAUAUAGUAUUUGGGUAGUUUUUGUUUUGUUUAGUUAUUCUUGCUUAAUAUUUGGUGAAACUUUGCAGCCAGUGUCCAAACGAAAUGCAGCACGGACAGAAUCUCCCAGGUAUCCUUGUCUUGGUUGAGGCUGAAGAGUGUGGGUGUCAGUCGGCCACAGUGCACCUUUUUUUCCCAAUUAAUAGAUUUUAUUUUAUAUAGAGAACUCUUUCUUGAAGAGUAAUAUAUGCUAAAGUAGUGAAUUUCUAAAAGCUCAGUUUAGUUUUAUUGCAGUAUCAGUCAGACAAAUUGCUGAUACAAUACAAAUGAUGAAAGUAAAAAAAGGUCAGCACGGGGCUGUGCUCUUAUUAUUAUUAUUAAAAUUCAGAAAGAGCUUAAUCUUUUUGUCUUUUACGUCUGAACUAAAUGUGUGCCUGUUUUCUUUUUGUUUUUUGUUAACAUACACACUCUCAAUGUGAGUUGUUUCUGUUUUCUGCUAGCAAUACACCUGAAAGAGGUAGAAUUCAGCUUGAUCUGUAUGCAAAAGUUUUAUUGCGACAGAAGUACAAAUUGCACAAAAAUAGGAUUUGUAACAUUUUUCCUCUUGAUUAGAACAUUAGUCACUAACAUUUUGAUAAUCACCUUUGCUUUUUCUAUCUUUUGUCCAGUUUUUGCAGGAAACGUCUGUAAAUGAUUUGUACAAAAAAACAAAAACAAUCUGUAAGAACGCUUUAAUAAAAAGUCUCUGACCACAGUGUAGCUGUGUAAAAAUU